AUGGAGUAUGAAACAUACAAGAUCCAUAGAGGUCAAGGCAACUUUUAUCCUUUUGUGUUCAAUGACAUCAUGGGCUUUGAGAAAGAUACCAACACUGGUGUUCUUGUGAAAGACGUCAAACUGGUCCUGGGAGGACAUGUGGAAGACGGUUACCAGUUCUUGCCUAUCCAGAAACUGAUGAAGGGUGAUAAAUAUUACAACUCAUCUCCCACUCUGGACGACAAAGUUCACGUUCUGGUCUGUGUGCUUCCUGCCGACAAAGUAUCUUUAACAAGUGCAGAAGUUGUGAAGAAGAUGAGAGAAGUCAGAAUCACAGCCAGAGACAUGGGAAUUCCCCAACUGGCUAUUCUCACCAAAGUGGAUGAAGCCUGUCCUGAAACCAACAAAAAUAUAAAGGAUGUCUAUAAGAGCAAGUACCUGAAGGAACAGGUCGAUGCAUUCAGCUUGUUGCUGGGUGUUCCACAGAACUGCAUCUUCCUCGUGAAGACCUAUGGUCCAGAUCCCAACAUGAAUGAUGACAAUGAUGUGGUGAUACUGAACGCACUGAGACAGAUGAUAGACUUUGGGGACGACUUCCUCAACGACCUGUAGACCUGCUGAAGACUUUGUACCAUCAAAGCUUGGGGAAAAAAUGUUUUCUUUAAAAAACAUGUUAAUGGUAAUUUCGAAGGUGCCUAUUUACUUUAUUUUUUAU